CUCUCUUUCCAUGCAUUCAAUUCUGGAAACGUCAUUUUAGGGAGACCCGGCCCACCCUUGUCUUCUUCUUCCUCCCUCGUUAGUCAGAUCCGAGCGUAAUCACCAAUCGCCAUUCGGCCAUUCCCCCAAUCCCUCUACGGCUCGACCUGCCCCAUCCUUCCGGGCCCCUGGUCGUCUCCGCCGUAUCCUGCCGCCGCGCCCGGACUCGCCGGCGGCCAUCCGUAUCCGGCCACGGUUCGGGAUUGCCCGUCGUAUUGGUUCCUCCCGCUCAGCACGUCGCCGGCACCACCCGCCCCCUCUCAGCCCGUCGCCGGUGCCGUCCUUUUCACCCGGGAGCAGUAGAACAAGUGACUGUAAACAGGUUGUUCAAAAGCACAGAAAAGUGUGUGCUAGUUUAAAUGGCUUCGAAGCUCCAAGCCUUUUGGAACCAUCCUGCUGGCCCCAAAACCAUUCAUUUCUGGGCUCCCACAUUUAAAUGGGGUAUCAGCAUCGCCAACAUUGCAGACUUUGCAAAACCACCUGAAAAGAUAUCCUAUCCUCAGCAAAUUGCUGUGGCUUGCACUGGAGUCAUUUGGACACGCUACAGCAUGGUUAUCACACCAAAAAACUGGAACCUGUUCAGUGUUAACGUUGCAAUGGCCGGUACAGGCUUGUAUCAGCUUUCACGCAAAAUAAGGCAAGACUACUUUUCUGAUGAGAAGGAAACUGCCCCGUCGCUUGAAGGAUGAUGCCGGAUGCCACUGCACCGCAUGAAGGAUGAUGACGACAAACAAGAAUAAUCGAUUGAGAAGAGAAACACACAGCUUUGGAGCCAAGAUAGGAAUCCAUUGCUUAUUUCCCUGUUUCUUCUGUUCUCUACUCAUGACAGAUCCGAUGUGAAUUCACCAAAAAAAAAUGUAGGUAAUAACCUUUUGUGCACCUGUUAAGCAUCAUGCAGAUACAUCAAGCCUUUUGUGCACCUGUUAAGAAUCAUGCAGAUACAUGAAACAGCUUCUGAAUUUUUUUUCAUGUGAUGUUCAAUCGAUCCAAAUUUUGGAACCUCAUUUUCUUCUAA